GUGAAUGAAGCAGGGAGCGUGGCAGAGGAUGAGGCAGGUGCUGUCAUAGAGAGACAAAUGCAGGCUGUUCCCCUUACUAGGAGGAGCAGGAGGAUACCCGUAGCAGCAGCAGUAGACAAUAUCCUCUGAGCAGGCAGUAAGGAUCAGUCAGGGAAUCCGCCUCUGGAAUUAUAUAAAUCCUGCCCACUCGCCCUCCCCCGUCCAUUCCUCGCCCAUCACAGUCAACUGCACAACUCAGCAACAGGCAGCGAGCAGCAGCAGCAGCAGGGAAGCAGCAACCCAACAACCCUUCUCCCUUCCCUUCCCCCUACACCAACACACACCACCCAACACUCUCUCUCUCUCCCAGCAAUGAGCGGCAUCCAACCGCCCAUCGUCACGGCCACCACCCACAACACAGACAGCGCACAGCGGGACUACCUCGCAGAGAAUGAAAAGGCAGCCCACCCAGCUGUCGGUGCCAACACCGCACCAGGAGCCCCAGCAGCCGCUCUCCCAGGCCACCACGACGAAGACGACGAUGAGGAGGACGACGAGGACAUGGACGAGCUGAUUGCUGAGCUCGAAUCUGCAGAUGGCGCAGAGGAAGAGGAGGAAGACGGCUCCGUUGCUGAUGGCGUCUCCGCAAAGCCAGUCCCCGAGGAGCUGCUCCAGACAGACACCCGCACUGGUCUCUCUGACUCUGAGGUGCUCAACCGUCGAAAGAAGUACGGUCUCAACCAGAUGAAGGAGGAGAAGGAAAACUUGAUCCUCAAGUUCCUUCACUUCUUUGUUGGUCCCAUUCAAUUUGUCAUGGAGGCAGCUGCCAUUCUCGCUGCCGGUCUCCGUGAUUGGGUCGACUUUGGUGUCAUUUGCGGUCUCUUGCUCCUCAACGCCUUUGUCGGUUUCAUCCAAGAGUACCAGGCCGGUUCCAUUGUCGAUGAGCUCAAAAAGACCCUCGCUCUCAAAGCCACUGUCCUCCGUAACGGCAACCUCAUCGACAUCGAAGCCCCCGAAGUCGUUCCAGGUGAUAUUCUCCAGCUCGAGGAAGGUACCAUUUGCCCAGCAGAUGGUCGUCUCGUCACCCAAGACUGUUUCCUCCAGGUCGACCAGUCUGCCAUGACUGGUGAGUCUCUUGCCGUUGACAAGCGUUGCGGCGACAACAUGUAUGGUUCCGCCGCUGUCAAGCGUGGUGAGGCCUUCAUGGUUGUUACUGCCACCGGUGACUCUACCUUUGUUGGUAAGGCCGCUGCACUCGUCAACAAGGCUUCCGGCGGUCAAGGUCACUUCACAGAGGUCCUCAACGGUAUCGGUACCAUUCUUCUCGUCUUGGUUAUCGUUACCCUCCUCGGUGUCUACAUCUCGGCCUUCUACCGCUCUACUCGUAUCGCUCUCAUCCUGGAGUACACCCUCGCCAUCACCAUCAUCGGUGUCCCCGUCGGUUUGCCCGCUGUUGUUACUACCACCAUGGCUGUCGGCGCUGCCUACCUUGCCAAGAAGCGCGCCAUUGUCCAGAAGCUCUCUGCCAUUGAGUCGCUUGCCGGUGUUGAGAUUCUCUGUUCCGACAAGACUGGUACCCUCACCAAGAACAAGCUCUCCCUUGCUGAGCCGUUCACGGUUGAAGGUGUGUCUGGUGAUGACCUCAUGCUUUGUGGAUGUCUCGCUGCUUCUCGCAAGAAGAAGGGUAUUGAUGCUAUUGACAAGGCUUUCCUCAAGUCCCUCAAGUUCUACCCUGGUCCCAAAUCUGUCCUUGCCAAGUACAAGCUCCUCGAGUUCUUCCCCUUCGACCCGGUCUCCAAGAAGGUUACUGCUAUUGUUGAAUCACCUGAAGGUGUGCGCAUGACCUGUGUCAAGGGUGCUCCUCUCUUUGUUCUGCGUACCGUUGAGGAAGACCACCCCGUUCCUGAUGAGAUCGGCAAUGCUUACAAGGACAAGGUUGCUGAGUUUGCAUCGCGUGGUUUCCGUUCCCUUGGUGUUGCUCGCAAGAUUGAAGGUCAAAACUGGGAGAUUCUUGGUAUCAUGCCUUGCUCUGACCCUCCUCGUCACGAUACCGGCAAGACCUGUAACGAAGCUGUUCGUCUCGGUCUCCGCAUCAAGAUGCUUACGGGUGAUGCUGUUGGUAUUGCAAAGGAAACGAUGAGGCAGCUCGGUAUGGGCACCAAUGUCUACAAUGCUGAACGUCUCGGUCUCGGUGGUGGUGGUGAUAUGCCUGGUUCGGAAGUGUACGACUUUGUUGAGGCUGCCGAUGGUUUCGCCGAGGUCUUCCCCCAGCACAAGUACAAUGUCGUUGAGAUUCUCCAACAGCGUGGAUACCUCGUUGCCAUGACGGGUGACGGUGUCAACGAUGCUCCCUCCCUCAAGAAGGCCGACACUGGUAUUGCUGUUGAAGGUGCUUCCGACGCUGCUCGUUCCGCCGCUGACAUUGUCUUCCUCGCUCCCGGUCUCGGUGCCAUUAUCGAUGCCCUCAAGACUUCCCGACAGAUUUUCCACCGCAUGUACGCAUACGUCGUGUACCGUAUCGCUCUCUCCCUCCACUUGGAACUCUUCCUCGGUCUUUGGAUCAUCAUCCUUAACCGUUCGCUUCAGCUCGAGUUGGUUGUCUUCAUUGCCAUUUUCGCCGAUGUGGCAACCUUGGCUAUUGCCUAUGACAAUGCACCAUACUCCAUGACACCCGUCAAGUGGAACUUGCCAAAGCUCUGGGGACUGUCUACCGUCCUCGGUAUUGUACUGGCUGUCGGAACGUGGAUUUGUCUUACAACUAUGUACGCUGGUGGUAUCGGUGUUAAGGAGGUUGGUUCAGGAAAUGGUUCGUUUGGUAUUGUUCAGAACUUCGGUGUUGUGGAUGAAGUCCUCUUCCUCGAAAUCUCCCUCACCGAGAACUGGCUCAUUUUCGUCACCCGUGCCAAUGGACCUUUCUGGAGCUCAUUGCCUUCUUGGCAAUUGGCUGGUGCUGUGUUCAUUGUCGAUGUGCUCGCUACGCUCUUCUGUCUUUUCGGUUGGUUUGUUGGUGGCAACACAUCGAUUGUGGCUAUCGUCCGCGUUUGGCUCUUCUCUCUCGGUAUCUUCUGCAUGAUGGCAGGUGUCUACUACCUCCUCUCAGAGUCCGUUGCAUUUGACGACACCAUGAACAGGCGAUCACCAAAGAGCAAGGCAGCCAAGUCGGGACGAUCACUCGAAGACUUUGUUGUUGCGUUGCAACGUGUUUCUACGAAGCACGAGAAGGACCACUAGACGGUCUCUUCUAUUCUCAAGCUCCAUUGCUUCAACCUUUCUUCUUUUUGCUACACUGUCUCACACUCUCUCUCUUUCCGUUGUAUCCUGAAACACAAAAAAAAGAACAACCCUAUUUCAUACAGCCUACUUCGUCAUUGACUAGAUGGACGUGUAAGGGACGAUCUUUCUUUUCACUUUUAGUAGACGACUGUCUUAGCAAUGCAUCCUAAUAAUACAAACCUCUGGCUUGCCCUUCACUGCCUCUUCCUUGCUUGUUGUGUGGUUGUUCGACGUCCA